AGUCACCUGCUCCGAGGUUACCAAGCCGGAAUGCAGCAAGAGCGUCUGCAGCUGCUACAAUUGGUAGAAGUGGGUUAGGCAGAUGGUUGCUGAACAAUGACCCACCAAGGACUACAGUUGUAGAAGGGAGAGGGGAGACAGGUAUCAUAUUUCCUGCCUGAGAUGUAUAGUGAGUGGUAGUAAUUGCAGUGAAUCCAGCUCACUGUCUCAACAGCCUCUCACCUGCACCGUCUCCUCCCCUGUCUUAUAACUGGACCAGCAGUUAAACAGCUGUAUAGCCUUGUCUCCCUGUCUCAUUUUCCCCUGAGCUCCAUCAGCAAGAGUAGCAACAGCAGCUGGAGAAGCGGCAGCCAGAGAUAGGCAGGGCUGGUGCUUGCAGGCGCACAAAUCGCCUCCUCCUCAACACACACACACACACACACACACACACACACACACACACACACACACACACUGCACAGACUUCCAAUAUCAACGCGUCUUGACAUAAAUCAAGGACUAAGAGAGACUAAAGAAGAGCGUUAGUCAUGGACAACAGUUCUUUAACACAUUAUUGAAAUUACAAGCACCCAAAGCAGUUUCAUGUGGAAAGAUUGCAUAUUUUGAAAGCCUGAGGUAUUUUAUCAUGAAACAUGCCAUGUGGAAUCUUUGAAGCAUAGACCUCUGCGCAACACCUGAAUAAAGAAUCUUUUACCUGGUAUGUGACAGAGCUUCUCACCACCACCAUGACAAACCAGGAAAAAUGGGCCCACCUCAGCCCUUCGGAAUUUUCCCAACUUCAGAAAUAUGCUGAGUAUUCUACAAAGAAAUUAAAGGAUGUUCUUGAAGAAUUCCAUGGUAAUGGUGUGCUUGCAAAGUAUAAUCCUGAAGGGAAACAAGACAUUCUUAACCAAACAAUAGAUUUUGAAGGUUUCAAACUAUUCAUGAAGACAUUCCUGGAAGCCGAGCUUCCUGAUGAUUUCACUGCACACCUUUUCAUGUCAUUUAGCAACAAGUUUCCUCAUUCUAGUCCAAUGGUAAAAAGUAAGCCUGCUCUCCUAUCAGGCGGUCUGAGAAUGAAUAAAGGUGCCAUCACCCCUCCCCGGACUACUUCUCCUGCAAACACGUGUUCCCCAGAAGUAAUCCACCUGAAGGACAUUGUCUGUUACCUGUCUCUGCUUGAAAGAGGAAGACCUGAGGAUAAGCUUGAGUUUAUGUUUCGCCUUUAUGACACGGAUGGGAAUGGCUUCCUGGACAGCUCGGAGCUGGAAAAUAUCAUCGGUCAGAUGAUGCAUGUUGCAGAAUACCUUGAGUGGGAUGUCACUGAACUUAAUCCAAUCCUCCAUGAAAUGAUGGAAGAAAUUGACUAUGAUCAUGAUGGAACCGUGUCUCUGGAGGAAUGGAUUCAAGGAGGAAUGACAACGAUUCCACUUCUUGUGCUCCUGGGCUUAGAAAAUAACGUGAAGGAUGAUGGACAGCACGUGUGGCGACUGAAGCACUUUAACAAACCUGCCUAUUGCAACCUUUGCCUGAACAUGCUGAUUGGCGUGGGGAAGCAGGGCCUCUGCUGUUCCUUCUGCAAGUACACAGUCCAUGAGCGCUGUGUGGCUCGAGCACCUCCCUCUUGCAUCAAGACCUAUGUGAAGUCCAAAAGGAACACUGAUGUCAUGCACCAUUACUGGGUUGAAGGUAACUGCCCAACCAAGUGUGAUAAGUGCCACAAAACAGUUAAAUGUUACCAGGGCCUGACAGGACUGCAUUGUGUUUGGUGUCAGAUCACACUGCAUAAUAAAUGUGCUUCUCAUCUAAAACCUGAAUGUGACUGUGGACCUUUGAAGGACCAUAUUUUACCACCCACAACAAUCUGUCCGGUGGUACUGCAGACUCUGCCCACUUCAGGAGUUUCAGUUCCUGAGGAAAGACAAUCAACAGUGAAAAAGGAAAAGAGUGGUUCCCAGCAGCCAAACAAAUUGAUCGACAAGAAUAAAAUGCAAAGAGCCAACUCUGUUACUGUAGAUGGACAAGGCCUGCAGAUCACUCCUGUGCCUGGUACUCACCCACUUUUAGUUUUUGUGAACCCCAAAAGUGGUGGAAAACAAGGAGAACGAAUUUACAGAAAAUUCCAGUAUCUACUAAAUCCUCGUCAGGUUUACAGUCUUUCUGGAAAUGGACCAAUGCCAGGGUUAAACUUUUUCCGUGAUGUUCCUGACUUCAGAGUGUUAGCCUGUGGUGGAGAUGGAACCGUGGGCUGGGUUUUGGAUUGCAUAGAAAAGGCCAAUGUAGGCAAGCAUCCUCCAGUUGCAAUUCUGCCUCUUGGGACUGGCAAUGAUCUAGCAAGAUGCCUGCGAUGGGGAGGAGGUUAUGAAGGUGAGAAUCUGAUGAAAAUUCUAAAAGACAUUGAAAACAGCACAGAAAUCAUGUUGGACAGGUGGAAGUUUGAAGUCAUACCUAAUGACAAAGAUGAGAAGGGAGACCCAGUGCCUUACAGUAUCAUCAAUAAUUACUUUUCCAUUGGCGUGGAUGCCUCCAUUGCACACAGAUUCCACAUCAUGAGAGAAAAACACCCAGAGAAAUUCAACAGUAGAAUGAAGAACAAAUUUUGGUAUUUUGAGUUUGGCACAUCUGAAACUUUCUCAGCCACCUGCAAGAAGCUACAUGAAUCUGUAGAAAUAGAAUGUGAUGGAGUACAGAUAGAUUUAAUAAACAUCUCUCUGGAAGGAAUUGCUAUUUUGAAUAUACCAAGCAUGCAUGGAGGAUCCAAUCUUUGGGGAGAGUCUAAGAAAAGACGAAGCCAUCGACGAAUAGAGAAAAAAGGGUCUGACAAAAGGACCACCGUCACAGAUGCCAAAGAGUUGAAGUUUGCAAGUCAAGAUCUCAGUGACCAGCUGCUGGAGGUGGUCGGCUUGGAAGGAGCCAUGGAGAUGGGGCAAAUAUACACAGGCCUGAAAAGUGCUGGCCGGCGGCUGGCUCAAUGCUCCUGCGUGGUCAUCAGGACGAGCAAGUCUCUGCCAAUGCAAAUUGAUGGGGAGCCAUGGAUGCAGACCCCAUGCACCAUAAAAAUUACACACAAGAACCAAGCCCCAAUGCUGAUGGGCCCUCCUCCAAAAACCGGUUUAUUCUGCUCCCUCGUCAAAAGGACAAGAAACCGAAGCAAGGAAUAAUCCUGUAUUGUUUCAUUCUUAGAAAUUGAAUUAGCAUAAUUGGGCCAUGGAACACAUAUGCUGGAAAUCUUUGAACAAUUUCAAGUCUCCUGCUCAUGCAAAAUCAUGGAAGUGGUUUAACAGUUUUUGUUACUAAGCUAAUGUAAAAUUCAGCUAUUAGAAAAUUUAUUGUCUCAGUUUUUAUAGGCAUCUUUGCAUGAAGAAAGCGGAAGUUUACCUGAAGUGAUACUGCAUAUUUUUGUUGCAUGCAUUACCAUAGAUUUUUACAUCUCCCACCCAUCUCUUCCCCAAUUUCCAGUUACUAACCUAUGAGAAAAACCUGUGAAACGUGAAAAAGGAAAUACCAUGGGAAAUGUGAUUCUCAGUGUGAUUCCAAUUAUUACGAAGCACUAAUCAGUAAUGCUACAAUGAUCAUAAUUGCAGAUUGCUAUAUGUUUCCCUUUUAGAAUCAGCGUAUCAAUGACCUAUGACUUCAGGAGAAAGUUUUAAUUCAAAGAUUUUAUUAAAUAGUUGACUACAAUACCUUGCUAUAUAUACAUAGUUUUUCUUCAACAUCUUAACUCUUCUGAGUGGAAAUAAGGUUUUCUCAUGCUGAAAAAUAGAACGUGUUUUUAUUUUGCUUAGUUUUCUUUUUAAUUCCAGAAAUAAGUGAAAACAUGUUACUUGACAGUCAAGUGUGGUAAUAUGGCAAGCCUUGUUCCUUUCUGCAUGAGAAUCUAGGAGAGAAUUCAUAACCACACCAAUAACGAAAUAGAUGUUUUAAACUAUGUGCCUAAUCAAUGUGUUUCCCACCAAAGAUUCAGAAAAAGAUGCUUGAGAGAAAUGGGUUGAUGCAUAAUUAAUUAAGCAUUGUGGAGCAAAUUUAUGGUUCCUGUGAUUAAUAUUGUGAUGACUAAAAUGCUGGAAAGAGAGUGAGUUACCCAUUAAUUGUGAUUAAAAUUCUCACCUUUCAGAGACAGACAAUAAGCCAGACAACACAAUCAAAGCUCGAUAGAUGAUUUCUUGCUUUUUUCAGUCAUUUAAAAAUAUAGGUGUAGUUUUUCAUGGAUCAGUUAAGUACACUUGAAGGAAGUAAAUGAUUGUAUCAGUUUCUUUCUAGUAUAAAUGGGUACCUGUAAUAAUACUGAGCUCUUGGAAGCGAAUCAUGCAUGCAAUUAGCUCCCUCCUCCUCACCUACUCCACUCCCAUCUUUAUGACAUUUCAAAUGUUUAUUUGGAAACAACAGCCUAGAUCACUGUUGAAGGUGUUCAUGGCAUAGUUGGAGUCUCUGAUUGUUUAAAGAAAUCAUGGAACAGUACUUUUCUUUUAGUGUUUCAUUAAGCCUAUGAUGUAAAAUGAAAUGCUUCUGAGCAGUCUUGUAAUAUUGUUCAUUCAUAUUGACCUGCAUCUCAUCAUUGCAUGUUUUAUGUUUUCAAACAUGCCAUAAGGAAAAUGAGUGCUUGAACUGCAUGAUUUAUUAGUUUCUCUUCACUCUGCAUUAAAGUGCUAAUGAUUUAUCAGUUCUAUUUUGUUAUUGAUUCAUUCAUCUUUGAAUAACAAAUAGCAUUUAGUGAUUCUGUUGAAUACAAUCCUGUGCAUGGAUUUAUGGAUUUCAAGUGAAAUUGCUAUAAUUUUAGUUCUUUGGUUUGAAAACUCAACUGAAUGCUGUUAUAUCAAAUAGCUGCUCUCAAGCAAUGUGCUAUAAUGGAAGAUUACGUACAAAGUGUAUUCUUUUAGUGUUCCUGGAACAUUGGACGGUAAAUAUCAAUCAACAAUAAGCUUAAUUACUUUAAAAAUAAAAGCUUUUGAAUAAAAUUAAGACAUAAUUUAGCAUUCCCAGGAAAAUUAUGAUUACAAUUGCAAAUUUAGUACAGCAAUCACUUGCCCUGGUAUAAUAAAAAAUUAAAAAGUUGUUUGGCAGAACAGUAAUCUAGACCAAAAGAAAUCUCAAAACAGUAACAAGUACAUUACUGACAUAAUGUUACAUAACACACACAUUGAUUUUUUGUAUCUAUGGUUACAGGUAAUAAAUAUUUUCACAUGAAAUGACAAAAUUUUCUACAAUGGGCAGGCAGGCUUUGUGUCAAAAACAUAUUUUGAAGCCACAAAUUAUUUUAUGCUCGCUACAACAUACAAUUACGUCUUGGCUACCUUUUAUAGUAUAUAGUUUGAAGGCAGCAACAGUUUGUGAAUCAUUCUUAACAAUCUGUGCAGUAGAAAGCUGUUGGAUAGACAGUGGGAUGAGACAAAUUAAACAACUUGAUUAUAAGAUUUCAAUAAUUGAAAUAAUGGGAUGCAGCUUCACUUCAAUGUAGCUGUAUAACUACAAUUAGUGCUAAUAGUGGUUACAUUUUCAGUCAGAUGGAUUCUUUGGUACCCAUAAUAAAUGUUCAAAUAUGAAUCCAAUUUAACUUUUCUCAACUCAUUUUCUAAAUACACUGAUGUACUUGCCCCUUCAAGUAUACUGCCCCUGGGGUUUGGAAAGUAGUUUUUAAAAACGUAACUUGAUGGGUUUGAAAUCAGAGAAGAUAUUCUCCUCAGUUUUAUGACAGCUUCAUAUGAAAAAUAUAUAGUUUAAGGAAAAUUCUAUAGUAUAUUAAAAUACUGAAUGAUGAAUGUUAGCUUUACAAGAUGGAAACUUCUCUUCUAUGUGUGCGGAUAAAUUUUCAGCUAUUGAGUCGCCCUCUUUUAAUAUAGGAGACAUAAAGUUUUAAGUGGAUGAAACUCUUAAAUGUAAAUUAAUGCUGGACUUAACAGCAGUCAGAAACAAAGAGGGAAAAGAGACAUGCACUCUGCUAAACAUUGCUAGGCACUGAGUUGAUGAGAUUCCAGAGAGAGAUUUCAGAGUAAACCUUGAUGUCCAUGCUUCUAAGAAAUAGGAAGGGAGGUAUCUACAUAGAACCGGAAAGUUUAAAGACAUAAAUUUAUUUUUUCCACUUCCAUGUGUACACCAUGUAUUUCAUGUGAAAAUGCUGGUCAAUUUAUUGUGGUGGAAGGAGAUAUCUUGUAGGAAGUUUAAAAAUUAACAUUUUAAAAGUUUUUAUUUUAUUUAAAACAGGUUCAUGUGAUCAUAGCCAGAAUAAAACAAAAGGCUCAGAUGUUUAGCGUAGUCUACUGCAGACAGAAAUUUAAAUCCAGUGAGGGCUAAUGAAUCACAUACGUGUUUCCACAUUUUAUUUUGUUUUCGUUUUUUAGGCGUAUGGGAAGUAGUUGCAAUUUUUCAGGGAAGAGUAUGUUUUGAAUCUCACACUGUAUUCUCCUUGAAUCUCACACUGUAUUCUCCUUGAAUGAGACAAGAUUUUGAGAUCAUUCUUUUCCUUUUUGUGUCAACGUUAGUUUGUUGUUCAUUGGUUAUAAAAAGGAAAAUGUGGCCAGGCGCAAUGGCUCACGCCUGUAAUCCCAGCACUUUGGGAGACCGAGGCAGGUGGAUCACAAGGUCAGGAGUUCGAGACCAGCCUGGCCAAUAUGGUGAAACCCCGUCUCUACUAAAAAUACAAAAAUUAGCCAGGCAUGGUGGCGCAUGCCUGUAAUCCCAGCUACUCGGGAGGCUGAGGCAGAAGAAUCGCUUGAACUCGGGAGGCUGUGGUUGCAGUGAGCCGAGAUCGCACCACUGCACCCCAGCCUGGGUGACAGAGCCAGACUCUGUCUCAAAAAAAAAAAAAGAAAAGGAAAAUGUUCUUUUCAUUUUCACGGAUAAUCCCCAAAGGAUUAUUCAGUACUGAAUAAUUAAAUAAUAAUUGAAUAAUAUUGAAUCUCAUUCUCCGUUAUUUUUCAAAUAACUGAAUAAUAUCUCUAUUAAAAGAUUAAACCCUUGUAACAUAUAUUAAAGCUGUAAACUUUAAGAAAAUAAAUAAAUAAAACCCUGUAAAAGAGCUUUUAUUUUGUGAGAGGCAGAAAUCACCACUUAAAACUCCCAAUUAAAUUCUGCUAUAUUUAAAUAAAGUUUGAGUAAACUCACAUUUGAGAGAUUCUGUAUAACCUUAUUGUGUUUAAAAACAUGGAACUCAUUUAAUUAUAGUACCUUAAUUAUUUUCUCAGAAAUGAUAUAUACAAUAUCCUGCUUUUUGAAAUAAAAAUUUUAACCACUCA